CUCAUGCAUACCGUGAUUAUACCUUUCACCCUAAGCGCCCAGCAACCAUCCAAUCCCGCUGUUGAGAUACCGGAUCUCAAUCUUGCCAGUGAAAAGGGUCUGGGCCAAUGGGGAGCUAGGGUAGCUUAGCUUUUGAGAACGGGCCGCGGUUUUUUUUUUUUUUUGUUGUUGAAUUGGCCGAUAUGUAUCGGUUAACUUUACUUCCCCAGACUUGCCGAUGUUUCUUACAGAGGGGUUUAACAGAGAGGGGGGGGGUUCAUUGAGGUGCUGUAGUGGAAUGAUGAUGAAUUUGUGUUUCUAUUGUUAAAAGAUUGAGGCUUACGGGGACGGCGAAGGCGAUGGCUGAAAGGUAAAAAAGUAUUUGGAAGGUUGGAAAGCUUCUAGUUUCAUUCUGUCCCUACCUAGUUUGAGUUGAGAUACGGAUAUGGCUUGUAUUAUUGUGUAGCAGCUGGCUUGACUUGGCUUGACUUAGAGUAUCGAGGCUAGGUACGCUAGACUAGCCGUGCCAUAGCGGCCAUGUUAUAGCUGGGUUUGGUAUGCAAAUUGCCCUGACUUGAAUCAUCUGCCAGGGAGAUACAAUCCCGGACCCUACCUUGUGAAGCUCCUCCACUUUGCAAGGUAGAGGUAACCACUCUUUUUCCCUCUCCAGCCAACACAACACAACCCAACUCAACUGAGGAGUUGUGCUGUGCUGUGACUUCUUGUCUGUACUGUGCCUAUCCGUAUUCGACCUGAAUCAAUUCCAUCUCUUCUCGUCUUCCUUUUCUCUUUUCUCCUCCUCAUCCCCUCCUUCUUUAAUCCCUCUCUUUCUUCCUUUCCCACUCUCUUUUGGCCAUGGAUGUUCGUCGAAGACAUAUUUCCUUACGCGUUCUCGAUGCCUUUUCUAUAUUCCAGUAUUAAUAAACAAACUCACGAUACCAUCUUCUUUUUUCUCUUCAAAGUACAUAAACAGCUGGCGGCCCCCAACUUGAUCUCGCUUUAAUAUCCCCUUGUCGAUCCUUCUACCGAGCUCUCAUCAAAUGUCGCGCUACGAUCCGGAUCGUUCUUCCAUUACAGCUUCUUCAGCGACUUCAAAGAGCGAUAUGGCACAAUCAAACGAUGGGCUACAUAGGAUGAAUCGCCUCACGGUGGAUGAUGUGAGUCCUGCUGAGGACGAUGACGAUUAUAGCGAUACGACGUCCAAUUACUCGACUAUUUCCGAAGACACCCUUCCCCUGAUUCGCGAAUACGGACAUACCUACCACGGGUCUGGCCAGCUCCUCACGCCGAACGAUGCUUCUGAAGCGCAUCGCUUGACGGUCCAGCAUGAGCUUUACCAAUUGUGUCUUGACGGUAACCUUGCCGAUUCGAAAUUACCGCUUGAUCAAUAUACUCCCGAGGAUCCGAUGGAGAUCCUGGAUGUUGGUGCUGGUACGGGAAUAUGGGCUUGCGACAUGGCGAAGCGGUAUCCCCAGACCAACAUACUCGGUAUCGACUUGAGCAGCGCAUUGUUGCCCGAAGAUGUCCCUCCGAAUGUUACCUUUGAGAUCGCCGAUGCUACAGAAACGUGGCCGAACCGUACAUACGAUUUUAUACACAUGCGCAGUCUAGCUGGUGGCGGUGUUCGUGACUGGAACGCUCUGUUGGCCGAAGCCUACGAUCACCUCAACCCCGGCGGGCAGAUAGAAAUCGCCGAGAUCCGACCCCAUUUCUUCGACGCCGAUCCUGAACACGUUGAUUCCGAAUCAGGAGAAAAAGGCGAAGUCGGCGCAGCCUGCAAAGAGUACGAGAAGAUAUUCGAAGAGAUGUGCAUCAAGCUCGGCAUCGACUGCGAUCCCAUUCCCAGAGUCCCUGAAAUUUUAAACACCCUGGGGGCCGAUCUCAUCCGAGUUCGGGUAGAUUGGCUACCGAUACAGAAUUGGGGAAGUGAUCCGGUCACCCAACAGAAACGCAAGGCCCUGGCGGAGAUGGUCGAGUGCGAGAAUUGGACGUUGAGGUUAUUCGGACUCGGAGGGUGGGAGGAGAAAGCAACGCGGGCUCUGCUUGAUCGUGUUAGAGAGGAGAUUAACGACCCCAUGCUACGCAGUUUGGGGAAAGUGACGUUUGUCACGGCUCGAAAGGAAAUCGCCAGCGGCAAAUAGGUUCUUAAGGAAUAGGCAUAGAGAUGUGCAUAUAUUGGAGUUUUUGGGUCAUCACGGCGUCAAAGGCAUUGUGUCUGGGGCGGAUGUCAGGAAGAAUAGGGAAUGGUGCAAACCAAUGAGCUCGAAGAGAAUAACCCAAGAUGGGGAAUGGAUACCAUAUGGAACAUAUAGGGCAUGGAUUGGUUCAUGGAAGAGAUUGGCCGAGUUGAUUGAGGUCAAGUCAAGUUACUGGGGACAUAAAUGGGCAGAUGGAGUUGGAUACCACAAGCCUUGGAUACAGUACAAGGCAUCGAACGGGGCAGAGAAACGUGUCUACGGGCAUGAAACACCGUACUAGCGGUUACAGGCCGGGAUGAGUCGACCAGAAGAUGUAGGUAGGAGAUGCAAGGUGUCAAAGGUAUAUUCGUCUAUCAGGAUGACUCCCGACACUUGAUCAUCUCACUUGGUAUGCACUCAGUUCACGCAUAUCUUAUGCUACAGAGAUGCCCACAGUACGCCCCAUGUACCCAUACAAAACAGAUCAAAAGAGAACAGAACAACUCCAGAUAUCCAAAUCAAACAGUUUCAAUGUAUCGCUUCAUUUCCCUGUGAAAUGUCAGUCAAGUCAACUAGUAGGGACGGGGAGAGUGGGGACGUACCAAUCAGUUACUGCCUCGUCAUAUAGACGGACCUCAUGUUCUCUUGUACCACCAAAGUGCUCCACAAAGUCAUCACCG